CGCUGGUGCCGGGGGCUGCUCUCUGGGCUCACCGGCCCCUCCGGAGGAGGAGGCGGGUGGGCGCUCGCCAGUGGCUCGCCGGGCGGCCUGCAUGUGCUGCGGGUUCCUGGCAGACUCAUGCCGGCCGCGCCGGCGGAGGGCCCGGCGCACCACGCGGCGGCGGCGCAGCACCAGGAGGCGCAGACCCUGCUGAUCACGGAGACGAUCUCGCGCCGUAUACAGCGGGCGCUGCAGGCGCUGCUGAAGGCCAGGGAGCAGCGCAGGUCUUGGGACGCGGAGCUCAAGGCCUUGCAGGACGCCCUGCGGCCCACGGCCUUCUGCCGAGCGUUUGAGCCGGCCUACGUUAGCCGGCUGCUGCCGGCGGCGGAGCGCCGCGACCUGCGCGAGGGCGCCGAGGUGGAGCUCUCCGGCGAGGCGGACGGCCUGUACCUGCUCGUGGCGGGCGGCGCGGAGGUCGUCAGCGGGCCGCAGCCUGGGACGCAGCCUCUGCACCUGAGCAUCGUCUCGGCGAAGUACCCAGCAGGCGGCUCCGAGGCGAACAUCUCGGACCCGCACGUCGUCGUGGGGUGGGGCUCCAAGCAGGUCCAGACGCAGCUGUCGACAGACGCAGGCGGCAAUCCUGUCUUCAGCUGGACCACGACCAUCCAGUACGGCCCGGUGGUGGUGCUCACAGCCCCCCCGCUGGAGUUCUCCGUAGUAGAGCACAGCGCCACCACCGGGCGGGCCGGCGACGUCAUCUGCGCGGGGCGACUCACCUUCGGCGAGUUCGAAAAGGGCGGCUUCGAUGGCCUCGUCGAGCUGGAGCCCUCCGAGGCGCAGGCGCAGGGCGACAGGAGGCUACCGAGCGCCCUGCAGGUGAAGGUCCUCUGGGGAGAGGACCCGCAUAGUCGCAACUCGUUCGGCCUGGACUCCGUGCUGACGACCGACUCCGAGAUGCCGUCCGUGCCCAUGUCGCCGCAGGAACGGGACUCUUCGCAGUCAAGGAUCGGCUCCUCGGCAUCCAACGCGUUCGGGGUGCCCACGGCCUCCCAGAGCCUCCAGCGCGAGAACUCCGGACGGCUGCAGGUGGCGCUGCACCCACAGCUGCUGCUCCCCCCGCAGCCGCGCGCCUCGAACCCGAUGACGCUGAAGAGACUCACCAUGAAGGCCGCCGCCUUGGCCAGCGGCCUCAGGUUCCAGGACUGCGGAGUGCUGGAGGACGACUCCUUCGAGCAGGUCGCCAACGCACCUGGCCUGGCAAAAGACGACAACAGCGGUCAGGAGAAGGAUGUUCGCACGAUUUCCGUGCAGGAGCUCAGAGUUGUCGUGAAGGAAGCGUUCGAAGAGAUAAUCAGCGUCUCCUGGAGAGGAUCGUCGUCGAAUCGGCGCGACGGCAAGUGGCGAGACGACAGCUGGGGCGAGUACGGCUGGAGGGGGUGGGCCUCGUCCGGUCCGUGGCUGAUUGGCGUACUGGUGCCUCGCAGUCUCGGAGUGCCGUCGCGAUCGGGAAGACGGAGGACGAUGAGUGGGAGCGAGAUGACCCUUGGCCUCAUGGUCGGCGAGAAGAUCGUGCCCGAGCUGAUGGACGCGAUCGCGAUACUGAUCGGCGAUCGCAAGGGAUAUUUCACCGAUCCGGAGGCGUCGGUGUCGUGGGCUGACGACAAACUAUGGAAGAGAAAGAUAGGCCGCUGGACGAACGCCACAUACGUGACCAUCUCAAAAAGAGCCGACAGAGUGGUGAAGCAGUUGCCCGUCGAUCUUCAACGAAAGCUCGAGCACUUGUCCGACACGGCGUUGGAGAGCUCGGACGGCGCGGAUGCGAUCUUGGCGCACCUAGACGUUCUAUCGGGCGAGCGCCAGGGCGACGAGAGGACUACAUACCAGGGCGCGCGAGAGAGGAUAGACGCCAAGGAUGUGCUGUUGAAGUAUGAGGACGUGAGCUCGAUGAAUUCGGAAUGCGAGAUGACCCUCCUCAGCGCCAUCGAGAGUAAGGACUUGCUCGAGGAAGAGAUCCCAGAAGUGCCCGCCUUGAUCCAGGGCGAGCGCCCGAAGACAUGGAAGCGUAACAGAGAGUGCAAAAGGCAGCUGAAGGUGGAUCGCAAGUACUUCCAGAGGCCCAUGCCCGCACCAGGGGCCUCAGACGCCAAGCGACAAGUUCGAGAUGGUGGCAAUAAUCGCAGUCAGAGGGGUCUCAUUCGCGAGCGCAAGACGCGCCUCGCGACGAGCGAGAUCACCAAGCGCGCGAGGUGCAGGAAGUGCGAGCAGAAGGGGCGCCAGGGCGAUGAGUGUCCUAACUCCCCGGCCCAGAGGCCGCAGGCAGCGGCGUUCAUUUUCCUGAGCGACGGCGGCCGCGACUGCGGCGCGGCGGUCAUCGCCGCGGAGGAGACCGAAGAGUGGAUUGACCAGGCUCGCGAGCAGGUUCGAGAGCGGCCCAGGCACGGGGCCAUGAUCGUCGACGCGGCCGUAGGUCAGGGCCUAGUCGGCGAGCCCGCGAUGAAGAAGUGGGAGCUCGACCUUCAGGAGAAGGGCUACCGGGUCGCGAGGGUGCCGCCCAGGUUGCUGUUGAGAUCCUCGGGGGGCGAGCUGCAUCAGGAUGACGAGUGGGGCCAGAGCGGUUCCGACAGGACCACCGAGUUCAAGUGGGCAGUCGAGCUGGUGCAGUGCAGCCAGUUCGACACCGACGGGCAGGGCACCCGCGAGUCGAGAGCCCUCGACAACUGGAUGGACAUGAUCACCUUGACGUUCUUGGCGGCGGUGACCUACUCAAGAGAGUUUCUGCGCUGCCCAGUCAACGACCGCCAGUGGACCAAGCGCGCGCUCAAGCACAUGGAGCGCCUAAACCUAAGCGGGCUUCUCGGCGGCAUCAGUCAGGCGCAGCAGUUGAAGGGGCCCCAGGAGCAGCUGCGCGGCAUCGUGCUGCAGCAGGGGGGCCACAUGGCCCACCCAGAUGCUGCGCACCAUGCAGCAGCAGGGUCAGACCCUGCAGCGUCGGGCGGCAGGGGCUUCGAGCGCCUCGAGCGCGUCGACGGCCGCCCGGAGGUCGUCAAGUGCGCCGGGAUCUCCGCCGUGGGAAAUGGUCCAGGUCUCAUGUUUUUGAGGUUUGCCGUGGAGGCGGCGAUGGGGCAGAUCGCGGUCAGGCGCAAGUUUGUUCUGGAUCAUCCGAACACGUCUCGAUCUUGGUGCGCCAGGGCCCUGCAAGGGCUCAUGAAGGUCGAUGGAGUCUUCUACGCAUUGAUCGACCAGUGUCGCUUCGGCCUUCAGGUGCACCCCCCGAAGUUGGCAGAGAGACUGGCCCUGUCCGUGGCCCGGAGUGUUCGGUCGGCUCGACAGGACACCGGCGCCCUUCUGGCGGAGAUCGCCCGCGUUCCCGCUCUCUCGUGCCACUUGGAUGGCCGCGGCGGCUGCUAG